ACAAGCUCAACUUCUCUGUUCACGCCGCUGUUUUCUGAAAUGUCUUUGUGAUGCCUACUUUACGCAGUGGAAACUGUUACUGACUGCUAUGUGCCAUCGUUAGCCCUUUCUUGAAUCCUUUCACUCAGAAUUGUUCGAUCGGGAUCCAUGGCUGGCAUGCGCCGGGUAUUCUCACGAUGUAUCACUUGAUGAAAGGCCUGUAUAUGUAUGCGACCAGCAAAGAAGAAUUCUCCGUCUUACUAUUAGGCCUUGACAAUGCGGGCAAAACCACUCUUCUCGAACAAAUCAAAGCCGCUCAUUCUACCACCCAACAUCCGAACCUAAAGACUGUCCCUACCGUCGGUCAAAAUGUCUCGACCAUCUCCCUUCCCGAUAUGUAUUUGAAGAUUUGGGAUAUCGGGGGACAGCACAGCCUACGAGGACUAUGGCAAAGCUAUUACUCAAGCUGUCAUGCGAUCGUCUUCGUGAUCGAUAGCACGGACAUCGGCGACGCGGAGCUGGCGAAACUAUCGAGCCCCGACGGCCACAACGAAGAUGAUUUUGGGCGGUUGGAGGAAUGCAAACUCGUCCUCGAGGACGUUCUACUGAAUCAAGACACGGAGGGCGUCCCAGUCCUGGUUCUGGCGAACAAGCAAGACAGGGAAGACUGUGUGGAGGUCGUCAGGAUCAAGGAGGGACUGGUGAGGAAGGUAUUCGAAGGAGAGAAAGGUGGGAGCGUUAGAGACAGCCGCGUCCUGCCAUGUAGUGCAUUGACUGGCACCGGAGUCACAGAGGCGGUCGAAUGGCUAUGCAGUCGGGUCAAAUGGAAUAAAGAGGCGCGACCGCCAACGAUGCGAUGAUAUGAUGGAUAUGAUACCCUUAACUCUGGAAUUUCUCAUUUCGAAUGAACGUUAGGAUUCGUUACGCCGUCCGAAUCAUUAUGCGUCUCUGCCAAACACCAGAUCCAAUCCAUAUACACCGGGACGCUUAGAAUCAAAGCCUUUGUCCGCCGUCAUUACUCAUAUCUUGAUCUUAAUAUCACAGACAACCUCAAUCCACCAUGCUAUCCUGCAUCCCUUCUCCUCGACUUUCGAAAUUGCCGAUCCUCCCGUGCAACCGCUUCGUAGCUCGGUAGUGCUUCGUCUUCGCUAUUGAGAUUCGAGUCUCUUGACCCUCGCCUCUCACCAUUGUGCCGCAAUCUCCCUGCCCUUUCGCUUUCUUCCAGCUGCUCGAGCCUCUGCCGUUCCUUUUCUUUCCGUUUGUGCUUGAUCUUCAG